AUGGAAGGCGCGUACACGCAUAAUCUCAACACCCACGACGUGCCAAAAAAUCCCUCCAACUGGAAGCAAGCGACUCGGAUCGGGAGCAACGCGCACUGCACCCACCGGGAGCUGGAAGUGUUCGGCGUGCCGUUCACCGACGGGAAGGUGGAGGAGCUGAGGAGCGGCAUCGCCGCGCAGCAGAGGAUGGUCAAGAGGGAAGGGUUCAUCGUCACGUGGCUCAACCCUGGUGGCGGUAGCACCAGCAUCAGGCCCAACAGCCUCCUGCGCCGCCUCAACGACCUCUACCAGUGGUCCAAGCACGGCGUCCAGGUCACCGUCCCGGUGGGGACCGCGUGGGAUCGAUUUGAGCUCACCACCGGGAAGCUGAUGGUUGGGGCCGGGGCAGAGGACAAGGAGAUCGAGGAGCUGAAGAAGCAGGCCAAGGAGAAGGAGGAUGAGCCGCCAAGAAGGAGAACGAGGAGCUCAAGAAGUGGGCUCAGGAGAAAGACGACCAGCUUGCUUCCAAGGACAAGCAGAUCGCUAACCUCAGGGGACGGGUUAGCAUGCUAA